UCUAAGAAAAUGUCUGACAAUAAACAAGAAGCAGUAUAUAAACCUGCAGUUGACCAAACAAUGCAACAAGAAACGUUUGUUUCUGCAGCAGCCACAGAAAUGGAUAAUUCAGACAUCAAACAAAAGAAGACAAAAGUAAAGAUGAAAAGACAACCUAAAAAGGCCACUAAAUGCAAAACACACCUUACCCAAGCAAUCACCGAUAUUAGGGAACAGUUUCCUGUGCAGCAAGAAAAUUCAGUUUUAAACAGAAAUGCGAAUUCAAGGUCAGAAGAUGUGACAAAGAAAUGUAUGAAAAAGAGAACAACAGCAUUGGAAGUCAGAAAUGAUCAACCAGAGGACCAUGCUGAACAUUCGGUUUUGUCUCCACCAAUAUCUCAGAGUAAGGAUGCAACACAAGACCCUUGCAUAAAAACAGACACUGUGAGUGAAACAGCUGAAAGUCAUGUUGAAAGUCAUGUUGAAAGUCAGGUUUCCAUCACUUCUGAAGAUGUUGCAAACCCUCAGAGGUCAACAAAGAAGGCAAAGAAAACACAAAGCAAUAUUCUAGAGCUGGCUCCCAGAGAGGACAAAAUGUCAGAUGUCUCAUCGGUCGUAAGCAGGGUAGCUUCUGAAAAUUUUGAAACGGACAACUGUGACCAGCAUUUGAAGAUUCCCAAGAAGAAAUCCAAGAAAUCCAUGGAAAUUGUAGAAACACAUGGAUUUGGUAGUGUUUCUUUGUCGGAGGACAAAAACAGUGGAUCAGAUGAGGCAGGUGUCAUGGUCACUUUUACACAGGUUGAAGAUUUAUGUAAACUGUCUGAUGGUCAGACUGUAGGAUCACAGCAGUCUGAAAAAGAUGGUACUGUGGUUGAACAAAAAGACCUCAAAGCUACAAAACCCCCUAAGAAAAAGGGUAGAAAAGCUGGACGAAAGAAAAGAAAGAUGGCAUGCCGGUUAACUCAAACAGUUAAAGAAGAGGAACAUAAAGAUAUAUGUCAUGACAACAGAAUUGCCUGUGAUUUUCAAAACAACACACAAAUUCAAUUUUCUGAUAACUCACAGAGGAUAACAGACAUUCCAGAAGAGCCAGUACUGAAUUCAAGAAAAUCAACCCGGACACAAAAAAUAAACUCAGAUCCAGUAGUUGAGAAUUUGUCAACACAUGGCAAGAGCACAGUCUCUUCAGACAUCACUAAGUGUCUUGGAGAGACUCAUUUAAGUUCCAUGCAGACUGCUGAAUUUGAAGACCAAAACACUGUUGAGAAAAAGUCAACAAGACGAGGAAGACCCCCUUCAAAGAAAAACAAGAAAAAGAAGUUAUCUGUAGAACAUUUAGAAGAUAAUGCCUCUCCAUCUGUACAGAUCUCAGAUCUCUCUCCAUGUCAAGACAGCACAGAAAAUGGUGCCAAUUUUGAAGACCAAUACACUGUUGAUAAAAAGCCACCAAGACGAGGAAGACCCCCUUCGAAGAAAAACAAGAAAAAGAAGUUAUUUGUAGCACAUUUAGAAGAUAACACCUCUCCAUCUGUCCAGAUCUCCGAUCUCUCUCCAUGUCAAGACAGUGCAGAAAAUGCUGUUGAAGCAGCUGCAAGUCCAGUAGAGCAAAAAGUUAUGGAUGAAAAUUUAAUUGUUACCAAACAGUUGGGAACUGACCCCUCAGAAUCGCUUCAGAGUGCUACAGAUCCCUUGUCCCACAGCAUUCCUACAUCUUUUAAUGAGGAAGGGAAUACAUCUUUACCUUUGCCUGAGACACAAAAGAAACAGGAUCUCUGUGAAGAAACUGCUAAAGAAAAUGGUGAUAUGCUGGCAGAUAUAAAAAUUGAGACUAAGGGAACAAUUAAAGUACUGAAAGGAAGAAAACGUGGUCGGAAGAGACGAAAACACACUGUUGAACCAGCCAAGAGUUUACUGACAAAGUUCAAUAUAACCAGUGAAUGCUCCACUGAAGACAAGAAUAAUAUAGUUACACCAGAGAAAAAUGAUAAUGAGAAAACCAAGUUAGGCAGUGAAGAAAUGAUCUCACGAAAAACUGCAGGGACCUACAAGAUAACACCAAAAACAGACGUCUUAUGCAGUUCUCCCACUGACCUAUCUUCCAGUUUAAUGAAAGAAGUCAAUGAGUACAAAGUGGAAGAACAUAUUGCUGAGCCAAGUGGAAAAGAUUCAGUGAAGGUUUCCAUGCAACCCUAUAAUGAUAAUACAGGAGCCUCAAAAGGAAUUUGUAAUUUAAUUUCUAGUAAUGUGGUCAAGGAAGAGUCAGAACAAAUUUCUCUGGAUGCAAAAAUUAAACCUAAUAUUACUCAGGAAGCAGAUGUACUAAGUGUGGAAACAACAGGGGGAAAAGUACUCGAUAACUCACCUGAGCCAGAAAAUUCACUUCAAGCUUCUACAGAACAGAAGGUGGAAGACUGUGUAGUCCCAAACAAAGUAACUAAUAACAGGACAAUAAGAUCCAAGCCUAAAGAAAUAGUGAAGAAACCUCUCACAUGCAAAUACUGUGGUGUUUCCUUUCGGCACAUUACAGCAUACGCCAUUCAUCAACGCAUUCAUACAGGUGACAAACCCUACAAAUGCAAGACCUGUGGAAAAGCCUUUGCUCAACUGUCUAAAUUAAAGUCCCACCGUAACAUACAUAAACAGGAUACCUCUUUUCCUUGUCCUUGCUGUAGCCAAAGGUUUUUGCAGAAAGAUGAUUUGCUAUGUCAUUUUAAAGUCCACCUUCAGGAAUCAAAAGCAAACAGUGAACCACGGAAGCACAUAAGGAGCAAGAGAAGUACUUCAUCAAAUGUGUCUUCAGAGAUCCCAAACAAUUAUGGGUGCCUUAUUUGCAAGAAAAGCUUUGUAAACCACGUCAAAUUGCAGAAUCACAUGCAAGUGCAUGAAGUGGAGAAGCCCUUGACUUGUAAAGACUGUGGGAAGACAUUUUUAAAACAUUCAAACCUCACAGCUCAUGAAAAAACCCACUGGCCUGUUAAACCAUAUGCUUGCUCGAUUUGUGGAAAGGGGUUUAACCAACUAAAAGCCCUAAAAAAGCAUUCUCAAGACCAUGCUGGUGAGACACCUUUCUCCUGCUUUCAUUGCGGUCAUGGAUUCAGUGCCUUGUCUGCACUUAGGAUGCACCAGGCAUCCAAAACAUGCAUCGCAAGGAAAAAUGAUGAGGCAAGCAAUAACGUUGAGGGCUUCAUUGUAAGUCAAGGAGUUGAUGGUCAAGUGAACACACCAGUGUUCUUCAAGUGCCAAAUAUGCAAACAGCUUUUCAGGAAAUGGUGCCAAUACAUUCUUCACCUUCAAACACACACCAACUCUCCCCCAUACAUUUGUUUCUCUUGUGGACAAUGUUAUGAGAAGGAUUCAGAAAUGAAUGUUCAUUGUGAGGUUUGUUGCCAGUCAAGUGGGGAGGAGAAGAUUUGUGGUGCGUCACUCACCGAAAUCAUGCAAGGUGUUACCCACACCUACCCUUUAAAGUGUACCUCAUCUCAGAGUUCCCAAACGCCAGCCAGCUCAGAACAGCUCCUGCAACUCCCUCAACUGAUGGAUGUGGAACCUACACAAACAAGAGAUACAGAUCUUUCAAAACAUUCUAAAACCUAUUCACCCAUCAAGCUUCCAAAUGCUCAAUCACCUGCUCGUUCUGAUGUUAACUGUACUUCACCAAAUAGCUCUCUAGAAUGCAUUGAAAUCACUCAGAGUCUUUGGAAGUUUAAAUGUUCACGUUGUGGUCAGCGAUUCGAGAGGUACAGGGCUUUGAGUGCCCAUCUGCAAACGCAUGCUCCUGGUUUCAGAUAUACUUGCGCACAUUGUGGACAGUUCUUCGAAAGAUGGAGUAAAUUAUGGCUACAUCAGCAACGUCAUCGCCUAAAAAGCCGUUGUUAUUCCUGUACGCAGUGCAGUCUGCAAUUUCGUUUCUUUAGCUCUUUUAGAGAGCAUAUGGCCGACCACGCGGGGCAGAGGCCAUAUGCUUGUCCGCUCUGUCCCAAAACCUUCAUUCAGGAGGCAAGCUUACAUGCUCACCAAUGUGAGUCUCAUAAACGUUGUAAAAGACUGAAAUGUGAUGUCUGUUCUAAGACUUUCAGUAGUUUGAGAAACUUAAUCAAGCACAGUCUUCUGCACAAUGGUUCUACCUCUCAUGUUUGUCUCCUUUGCAAUCUCUCAUUCACAAAUACAAGAGUCUUACAGGAACACUUGAAAACGCACACUGCAUACCAUGGACCAGCCCUCCCUGAUAUCCCACCAAAGCCACUUGAUUUUCCUCACAAAUGCAAACGGUGUAAAGCUAGCUUUUCAACUGGAGAUCUGCUCUACGCUCAUCAGAUACGCCAUUCUAGAGAUGCAAAGACUCAUAUCCGUCCAGCAGUAGUACCUACCUCAAAACUGUCCGAUUCUUGUCAGAAUGAGACACCAUCUACCCCGCCUUCCACUCGCAGGAAUCAUAUAUUAAACCUCAAUCUUGAUGGCAUACCCAACGACGAUAGGCUGUAUGUUUAUUCCCACCCUGACAAGCUCUAUGUGUCCCCUAGUCGCAGAGUACAGCUUCCGGUCAUUAAUUUGGACCCUGAUGAACCAGAGGAGGUCUCAGACUCUCAAAAUCCUGGUCCUGAACUUCCAAACACUGAAAUCACUUCUCAUUCCGACAGCAUAAACCUACCUCAGGCCACUUCGGAUCAGGAAACCACCAACCUAAAUUCAAGCGAAAGCAUAAAGAUAAUGGCAAAUGGUCAGCAUAAUUACAGCCACAAGUAUCAGAGAAGCCCUUCGUUUGUGGAGACAAGUGUCGACAUGGAAGUAGAAACACCUGCUCGAGGAGAGGAUUCAGAGGAGAGUUUUGAAUGUGCAGACUGUACUGAAAAACUAACGAGUGUGUUGGGCCUUUAUGAGCAUUACAUACUUCAUGCAAUGGGAGAUGCGUUUGUACAAGUACACUGAUCAUUGAUAAUGCUAGAAGGCAGAUGUUUUACCACGUGUAUUAUGCUUUGACACAAAUAUGUGUUGAUGACAUCUGUUUUACAGUUCCAAUGUUUAAAGCCAAUAUUGGCAGAAUGUUUAACUCGUAUUUUUAAUCUUGAACAAACAUAGGAAAAGUUAGAAUUACCACGAUUCUUCCUUCUAACAUGCUUUUUAACCCUCAGGUUCAUUCAGUUUAAAAGUUGUUGCUCACUAGCCACUCCUAGAUACUGUAUUACUGGGGUCAUGCCACUAUGCCUUAUCUCAGUGAUCUCUGUACUGCCAUUUAUCAUCUCCUUUUGUGCCUUCAGUGAUAGUUUUGGUUCUGUAAAAGAUCUGUAAAUAGAUAUACAUAAGUCUGUAUAACUCCACAACCACUGUCCUUCCUCUGUUAAAAAAAAACAACAAAAAAAACCCCUCCUGGUUAUGUUUUCAACACCUUUUAAAAUUCAAUUUUGUAAUACAGAGAGGUGGUUAAAUGUUGGUUAACCUUAAGCGUUCAUAUAUGAAUGUCUGGAUAGGACAAGAAUAUACUGUAUAUUGUAAAAAUGUGUAGAUCUUGAGAACAUUUCUGGAAAAAAAUAAUGGCUUUGAAAAGAUCCAAAAGAUUUUUGCUUUUUUGAUUUUUAAAAAAAUAAAGCAUACUACUUGUCAUGUGUAAUAUUUUCA